AUGCAGCGACCACGUGUCUACUCCUCCUCCUCCUCCUCGAACGAGACCAUCCUUGAAGCGUUCUCUUCCUCGCCUGCUACACGCACUCCAGGUCCGGCAGAUGUCACACGUGGUUCCUUUCCGUCAGGCCCAUCAUCUCACCUCCCACAUCCGGUCGUGCCUCUGCGUCAAAGCCUCGCCUCCGGCCUGAAGUCCACCGCCGAGGCAAGCGGCAGUCAUGGCGUCGUGAAAGGGAGGCCACUUUCAGGGAACAACAAGCAAGGGAUUGUGGGAGUAGAUGCGGAUGGAAACGAUGACUCAGAAGAGUCGAUCGAUUGGGACGCAGACUCGGAUGAAGAUACCGCCGCCGCUGCCAACAUCAAGUCACGACAUCAUGUCGUGAAGCGUGCCAAACUUCCACAGACCAUGGGCUUCCACUUCGAUUGGUGGAUCGCACGCAUAGCGACUGCGGCGGUGAAUUUGGACUUCAAGGUUCUAUGUGCGAGCAUGAUGCUGUGGAGGGAGAGGAACGAGGUUUUGCAAGUUCCCACCUAUCAAGCGAAGGCCAUACCGCGAAUGUGGUUGAAACACAAUGGUCCUGUUCCGAGCACAGUACCGUCGCAGAUACACCAACCCUCGUCAUCAACACCACCACCAGACAGCAUGACCACGCUCAGAGGAGUAGGCGCAUCCCCUGCGUGGACGAUGGACUGGGAUGUCCUGCUGGAAGAGAUCAGGCAGGCCAGCGAGAAGAUGCAUCAGGACCGAAAAUGGAAACUGAGAGGAAAGAAAAAUGCCGCCGGUUGGUGUAAAUGGGGAGCGAAGCAGCGGGUGAAGGAUGGGGGCGAAUUCGUUGAAAAAUCGGCAGCUGGAUAUGAGGUAGAAGGAGAGGGAGAAGGUCGGACGUGGGUUGUUAGGCUAGGAUACCGGAGGAACGACGCGGUGGCAGAGGACAUGGAUCUGGAUGGCGAAGCAGCCGAUGCUGAUGGGGCCGUGACUGGCGAGAGGAGCGUCGAAGGAGAAGAAGGCAUUCGGGGGCCCAUGGACAGUCCGACAAACAGCAAUGGCGACGGUCUCGAUGUAGCGAUGGAAGAAGCCCCGGAGCCCUGA